CGUACGUCACGGGGGGACUGGGCCACUGGGCCGCAGUGUUGACGCGUCGCUUAGCAACCAGGAGGCUCACCUUUGGAAGCUUGUGGCCGCUCUCGCCGCGGUCCUUCCCUCUUCCCGCCCCUCCCCGCCCUCGACUCCCUGCACCUAGGAGCUGCCAAACAUCUGGAUCAACCUGGGCACUGCGAGGGGUUGAAUUUCUACCAGUAACGCGCCUUUUUACAUUUUUUCCCGAACUCCUCCUCACAUCCGUAAAACCCACUGACUCUUUCACUACACGUUUUAUGAGAACAAGGCAUUUCCUAGGAAGAUGGUGGCAGAAAAAGAGACCCUGAGCUUAAACAAAUGCCCAGACAAGAUGCCGAAGAGGACCAAGCUGCUGGCACAACAGCCGCUCCCGGUGCACCAGCCUCACGCCCUGGUUUCUGAGGGCUUCACAGUCAAAGCCAUGAUGAAAAACUCGGUCGUGAGAGGCCCUCCAGCUGCAGGAGCAUUUAAAGAAAGACCAACCAAGCCCACAGCGUUUCGAAAAUUUUAUGAGCGAGGAGACUUCCCAAUUGCCCUUGAGCAUGAUUCGAAAGGAAACAAAAUAGCGUGGAAGGUAGAAAUUGAGAAGCUGGAUUACCAUCAUUAUCUGCCUCUGUUUUUUGAUGGGCUCUGUGAAAUGACAUUUCCCUACGAGUUUUUUGCUCGGCAAGGAAUCCACGACAUGCUGGAACACGGGGGGAACAAGAUUCUUCCUGUCAUUCCACAGCUCAUUAUCCCGAUAAAAAAUGCCUUGAACCUUCGAAACCGGCAGGUUAUCUGCGUCACCCUUAAAGUCCUCCAGCAUCUGGUGGUGUCCGCUGAGAUGGUGGGUGAAGCUUUGGUGCCCUAUUACCGGCAGAUCCUCCCCAUCCUGAACAUCUUUAAGAAUAUGAAUGUGAACUCCGGAGACGGCAUCGACUACAGCCAGCAGAAGCGGGAGAACAUCGGCGACCUGAUCCAGGAGACGCUGGAGGCCUUUGAGCGCUACGGCGGGGAGGACGCCUUCAUCAACAUCAAGUACAUGGUCCCCACCUACGAGUCGUGCGUGCUCAACUAGCGGGCGGGCCCCCUCCCGGCCCCGCGCCCGCAGCCCUCUCCACUGCUUUCGGCAUCUCAUUCCUGGUGACUUCUACAGCUUUCUCUUCUCCAGCUGCUAAAAUAGUGGCUUCUGGACCAUUGGACCGUUAGCCCUAUUGAGAGCAAGGCUUUCCAAUGCAUAAAUAGUGCCUGUUUCUUAGA